UGGUGGAGGGGGUAGCAGACAUGUUGCUAUCCUCAAAAAGUGCCUCCUGAGUCAUAACACCAUGUGAACCCUAGUUACGAUGCAGAGCACAGUGGGUCAGCGCAGCAGGACUACUGUGGCCUACAUUGUUCCAAUAGUUGGAAUAUGUGCUGCUGCUUUCCUUCUUACCAAUAUCUUCAUUUACCUCUAUCUGGACUCUGUGUAUCAGCCUGGUUUGCAGCAAGUUUCACCUCUGGUGGGCUGUGUGCCUCAACACUUUAAAAUGCCAACCAUGAAAGACUGCACCGCCUGGCUCCAGUGUUUACAAAUAAACACUGAAGUACACGAGCUGAAGCUGAUUGGCCAGGGAGCAGUGAAGAAGGUUUAUUUGGCAGAGUGGAGAGGCCAGAAGGUAGCUCUGUCAAGGCUAUCAUCUCUCAAUUACUUGGAGGAUUUUCUCCAUGGAUUGUCAAUGUUACAGGCCCUGCAGAGCCCCCAGGUGGUUCAGUUGGUGGGGUUUUGCCUUGAAGAGCACAUCAUUUUGACAGAACACCACCCAUUUGGCUCAUUGCUUAAUCUGGAUGAUGUUCUUGAAAAAGAGCAGCACCAGCAACACAACAAUUGGGAGAUGCGGCUGAGGCUAGCUAUAGAUUACGUCACCAUCCUCCAUUACCUUCAUAACAGCCCAGUUGGGCGACGAGUUAUGUGCGAUUCAAACAGCCUUGAGAAAACUCUGUCCCAAUUUCUACUGACAAAUGACUUUCAUCUAGUAGUGAAUGACCUUGAUGCACUUCCUGAAGUGGAUAUGUCCAGAAACUUGUCAGUGAAAUGUGGCCAUCGGGAGCUCACUGGAGAUUUUGUUGCCCCAGAGCAGCUAUGGCCAUUCAGAAACAAUGGAAAGCCUUUUUCAGACAAUCUCAUGCCAGAGUAUGAUGAGAAGACCGAUAUUUGGAAGAUCCCAGAUGUGACGUGGUUCCUUAUGGGAAAGGUACCUGGCGGGGAUUUAGUCCAUUUCCAUCUUUUUCAGAUCCAUGAGAAGUGCAAGAAGAAGGAUCCCACCGACCGCCCUUCAGCUUUUGAUGUUUUGAAGGUUUACAAAUCAGUCUACAGCAGCAUGGUACGAGACAGUGCUGGGUUUAGAGAUAUGCUGUAGAGUAAUGCCUCAUUUGAAGAGACUAUCAAUAUACAAGAACUAUCCAAGCUAUGGUUUGGCUAUCUCAUGUACUUUAAUAAAUGCACUUCACUUGUUCUGUCUGUCAAUCUUUCAGCAAAUAUUUCUGUAUGUCUAGAAAUGAUGAUAGAGCUGGAGUUCUUAAUAAUAUUAACCAGGGCAUACCAUGGAAUUUCCACCUUGAAAUUCUAUACAUAAUACCCCAUAAGGGCAGUUUAUUAAAAAAAAAAAAAAAAAAGUUUCCUUGAAAUUCUUGGAGUGUAUAAGUAUUCACAGCCUUUGCAGUAUUAAUCAAAAUUGAUUUUAGCUGCAUUCUAUUUUCAUUGAUCAUUUGUCAGCUGUUUCUACAACUUGACUGAGGUCCACCUGUGGUGAUUUCAGUUGAUUAGACAUGAUUUGGAAAGGUACACACCUGUCUGUGUAAGGUCCCAUAGUUGAUAGUGCAUGUUGGAACACAAACCAAGAAAAAAAACGUUUUCACAUAAAUAGCCUCCUUGACUCCACACUCAAACCAGUGUGUCUCACUAUCCAGGAUGUGUAAGUGCUACGUCCAGAUGAACAGAUAAGAUGUGGUCCCAAAUGGAGCUAUUUUAUUUCAUUUUAUUUAUUUACAUAUACUAAUGGCAAGGAUCCAGUUUGAUUAUAAAUAGAUUUAUUAGAGGUUGAAUUAGUCUGCUACAGUGGAUCAUAAUCACUUGUCAGUGGCUUUAUCAGUGAACAAGACAUUGCUUUCAAGGCAAGAAGCAUAAAAAAAAUUAAAACAAUCUAAUAAGUAGCUCUUUUUUUUUUUACAGAGAAAAGAGCAGUUAAUUAUACAGAAUAACCAACAAUCUGCAGCCUACCUGGGUCUCACUUGUUGUUCGUUUAAAUUAGCAGUUUAGAAUGUUUAGAAUAAGUGGUAGAUCACAAAAAGUUAGGACAAACCUGCUAUUUACAUUUCCCAUUGUUUAGAUAUUUUUCCCCUUUGGUUGAUAAUUUAAGUUCCAUAUGGACCAAGGUUUGUUACCUGGUUCUAAAAGCAAAUAGAAAAUGCAAUGUUUGUUUUCUCGUGAUUUGAACUGUUCUGUUUUCUUAUUCCACCUUAUGGCUGGAAUAGUAUAAUAUUCAGACAUUAUUUAUUUAUUUGUAACCGCAUCAAAGACAUAUACAUUAAAUAUUGAAAUUCAACCUCAUGGUUACUUCUCCGUUUAGGUGACAUAGUACACUGAUUGAUACAUUGAUUGAUCAGGUCUGUGAAUAUGUAACCAUUUAUGACUAUUACUAUAAGAAAUGGACAUUAAUCAAAUUUAAAAAGCCAUUUUUUGUUUUUGAGUCUUAUUUGUUUUGGGAUAUGGAUGCUGGGCUUUGGGGUAGACAUUUUCUUUAUAUGUAGGGAGUAAUACUGACUAGUUGGCUUCGAUAGAGGUGUGCUUGCCGUUGACAAAGACCCAUCUGACUCAGCAUCAUCAGGAUAUCUCUGUGAAAUGCCUUUGUCAAGAUAGCAUAAAAAAAUGGGUUGGUGCAAGAGUUGAGAGGAUAGAAAAGAACAAGCAGCACCUGUGGAGAAAAAGACAAAACCCUUAUUAUAAAUGGGGGAGGUGGGGGGGUGCAUUAAAUAUUACAAGUAUGUCAAGUUAUACCUUGGAAUCUGUGACAGUUAUCAUCGGAUGGUGGAAAGCUGCAGACAGGCCGUAGAAACAAAUGGGAGCCAGACAUAAAAAGUUGGUGAAAAUAAUAACAGCCAUGCGUUUGGCCAUGCUCGCGUCGUAUCUGCUGGAGUUAUGAUUGGGAUUGUGUACCAUAAAAUAGAUGUGGAUGUAACAUAAGCAUACAACCAUAAAAGCAGUGACAUUAACAAUCAAGACAGAAAUAAUGUAUGUCCGUGCAGCAGUUGUCCCAGUGUCUAUAGGUAAGCAGAUGCUUACUUUCUGGUAACUGCUCACACCAACUACUGGCAGCAGUGCAAGAAACGCACACAACAACCAGCCAACAAGCAUUAGCACAGAUGCAUGACGCAACCUCAUUUUUCUGUCUGGCCUGAUAGCUGAGAAGAUGGCAUUCCAGCGCUGAAGACUGAUUAGAGUUAAUGUGAACACAGAUAACUCACUGGCAAACACAGAUAAUGUUCCUACUAUAUUGCAGCCACUUCCUGUUUGCCAGGUAAUCGCAUAGUGAUGAUAAUUGGAGCGUGUGUAGAAAUCCACAAAUGCAAUGACCAGCAAGUAGAACCCCAUACAGCAAUCUGCAAAUGCCAGGUGACCUAUAAGAAAACGGGUAACAGACAUUUUCUGUCGACUGGUCAACAGGAUGAAGAGCACUAAUAGGUUUGCUGAAAUGGCAAAUAAACUGAUGACCCAGACCAAUAUCCUCAGGAUGUCUUUACUCAUCACAUCUUCACAGGGGUUCAAAGCAUCAGGCAGGGGGGUGCAUGAGGGUCCAUCAUCUGCGUCAAGUUCAUUACACAGCGAAAAGUCAAAAACUUCACUGAGAUGCUCUGAAUAUGUUUUUACAUAGAACAAAGUAUCAUCCUGAGACUUCUUGGUUGGGCAAAUCAGGCUGUUGGGAUUGCUAUUUGCACUGCCAUGAGUUGGAAUACCAAACUUUUUAGAUUUCAGAUGUUGUGAGAUGUUGUACUCCAGAUACCUCUGAGAGAGCAUUGCAGAAGACAGCUGCAGCUUUCCUGAAGUAGCCCAUGUCAGGUUGCAGAUAACUGCCUCAGAGUGUCUUGCACAGAAAUGAAAAGAGUUAUUUUUCAGGAAAUGAAUUACAAGCAUAUUUUCAAAUACAAAUUUUGUGACGAAAGUGGGUUGUUGUUUAACCACAUUUAAAUUGUAAAUAAAAACAAUGCAAUAAUCUUCAAAUAAUUUAAAGCCUAUUUUUAAUUAAAAAUGCAAAGGCAAGUGACCAUAUGUGCUUUUUUUGUUACUAUUAAAACAGUUAGGACAUAGUCUAUGUUUACCACUGAGUUUCAUUAUCUCUUCUUUUAAGAACACUGUAAAUUAAAGUCUUUUUACAUUAAC